AUGUCAGCCAAGGAGAAGGAGGACCCCAAGCGCGCCGAGGAGGCUGAGGAGCCUCGCAAGGCUGGCGCCGAGGAGGCAGCCAACCCCGCCGAAGAGCCCAAGAAGAAGAAGGUCGAGACGUCUGCCGACGUUGCCGCCGAGAAAGCUGACGACGGCGGCGACGAGGACGUCCAGCUCGGCAAGCGCAAGGCCGACGAGGACGAGGCGCCCGCCAAUGGCGAGGAGCCGCCUGCCAAGCGCGAGGAGACCGAGGCGGACGUUGCUGAGGAGAAGAAGGUCGACGGCGAGGCGCCCUCUGCGGAGGUCGCUGCUUGA